AUGCCUCGAGAUCCCCUCAUUGGUCUGGUGGGAAAGCCAUCCUCUGGGAAAUCGACCACAUUAAACAGCUUCACCACGAUAGAUCCCCAACGAGCGGUCGGAUACCUCCAGAUUGAAUGCGCCUGCAUACGACAUGGUCUCCAGGACAGGUGUCGGCCGAACUAUGGGUCGUGUAUCAACGGCAAGAGAUCAGUACCAAUCGAACUCCUCGACGUUGCCGGAUUAGUGCCCGGCGCCCAUGAAGGCAAAGGGUUAGGCAACAAGUUUCUCGACGACCUGCGUCACGCGGACGCUCUCAUUCACGUGGUCGACGUGAGCGGGACGACGGAUGCUGAAGGCAAAGCUACACGAGGCUACGACCCGAGCGUGGAUAUCGAGUGGUUGCGCGGGGAGAUUGUCAGGUGGAUUCUGGGAAAUCUGAUGGAGAAAUGGGGAAGUAUCAGGAGACGGCACGUCGCAAUUAAAGCGUCGGCGGUGGACACUUUACAAGGACAGUUCUCCGGCUACGGCAGUACGAGCGCGGUCGUGGCGCGGUGCCUCGACAAACUGCAAUUGAAAGAACCGCUGGAAGAAUGGAGCAACGAAACCAUCAUGAAAGUCGUCAACGCCUUUACCGACGAAAAGUUCCCCACCGUCCUCGCUCUCAACAAGAUCGACCACCCGGACGCUGACCGCAACAUAGCCAAGAUCGCCAAACAACAACCUGCAGACAGAAUUGUUCUCUGCAGUGCCAUUUCCGAAGUAUUUCUGCGGCGGCUAGCCAAGCAAGGCUACAUUAAAUACAAAGAAGGCUCUGAGUAUCUGGACACGCGGGAAGACUUGAUCGAACAAGGAGACCCGGACGGAGGAGGGCUCAAAGAGAUGGACGACAAGCUGAGACAACGUAUCGAAAACCUCAAAGACAUGGUUCUGUACCGGUUCGGAAGCACCGGGGUGGUACAGGUCUUGACUCGGGCGGCCGAGGUGUUAGGUCUCGUGCCCGUGUUUCCGGUCAAGAACAUCCACACGUACGGCUCCGGAGCGGCGGGCUCGACGGCCGUAUUUCGGGAUUGCGUGUUGGUGAAAAAGGGUAGCACGGUGGCUGACGUGGCGAAGAAAGUCAUGGGCGACGCGCCCAUUGCCUUUAUUGAGGGCGACGGUGGGCGGAGGGUGGCAGAAGACCAACUUGUGGGUGUGGGCAAAAACGACAUCUUGUCUUUCCACGUUGGACGGUGA